GCCAAUGAAGGUCCGUGUCGUCACACAUCAGGAAGUCAUGUCCAUUGAACCUACCGGCUUCUUGAAGUUGCAUCCUGUCCUAUGGUAGCGCCUUCUGAGGGACGCACGAGAUGAUGCUGCUGGUGCUGAGCGCCCUCCUCCUCCUCUUCUGCAACCUGGAUGUGUGGUACUUCCUGCGAGGGGCCCUGGUUUUUGUAGAAGCAUGGUUCCUGCCCAGAAUAGAAGACAUACUAGCUGAGCAAAGCAUCGAUGGCAUGGUCCUUCCUCAUGAUUUAGACUACCUGGGCCAUAUGAACAACUCUCGAUAUCUGAGGGAGUGUGACUUUGCCCGCUUCAACCACUACAUGAGAAAUGGGGUGUUCAUGGCCUCACGUAAACUUGGGGCCAAAAUGGUAGUAGGGGCCUCCACCAUUCGGUAUAGGCGCUCUUUGGCCUUCAGAGAGGCUUUCCAGAUUCGUACCAAAGUGCUAGGCUGGGAUGAUAAGGCCUUUUACCUAGAGCAGCGCUUCGUGUCUAAGAGAGAUGGCUUUGUAUCUGCAGUCAUGCUUUGCAGGCAGAAUGUGGUGGGCAGCAGCCCAGAAAGCAUCAUGGAAUUUACCUACAAGAAGCAGAUCGAGUGUCCACAGUUUCCAGAGGAGCUCAAACACUGGAUCAGCUUCAUUUCAGCCAGCAGUCAGGCGCUGAGAGCAGAAAGCGGCCUGGAGGACAAAAACAAGUGAAGGCACACAAGAUACUUUGGUAUCAUGAGUGGCGACGCAUAUCUCAGCAUUUCACACACUCAAACGUACCCGCACCUUUUAGAGYGUUUUAGUCAUCUUCAAAUACUCUGCGUAUUCUGAUUUGGGGCCAGUCUCACACACUGUUUCUUAAUUGUUUGGUUUGUUUGAUGUGAAAAAACUUUAUUUACUGCAGCUAAGUAUAAAAAAAAAAACUUGAACUGAAUGAAACGUUUACUUUAAAAUAGUGAAUCCAAAACAAAGCUUUAUCUUUGUGACUUACCAAGUAGUUGACUGUGAGUUGGGUGUUUUCAGACGUCUUCGUUCUCAUCUGAAAACAUCGCUGAAUUUCAGAUUAGCAUGUAGCGCAAACAUUAAUAUUCUACCGGCAUAAAUGCAUGUUUCAAAACAAUCUGAAUAUUUUUCAAGCCUGUUUCUUAUAGUUUAGUACCAGAGUUAUAACUUAGAAUGAAAAACCAAAAACAUGCUUAAGGGACUAUUUGUUUGGGUAUAUUGAGCAUGUUUUGAUGAGGUUUAAUCCCAUGAUCAGUAUUUUUUGAAGAGGUUAACAAUCUGAAAGGGAAUACUCUUAUUUUAAAAAAAUAUAGCUAAACAUUUAUCAGCACUUUAUUUUACCAGGUUGAGAAAAAAAGAGCCAUUAUAAAAAAUGAUGACCUCUUUAUUAGAGYUGCAUGUGAUUUUUAAGGGAAUGUUUUUGAUUGGCAGGUAUAAUAAUCAACAGCUAACAGGAGGUUGCUGGCAACUUUUCAAAACCUGCCACGCACAAGAGUGUUUUUCUGCUCUUAUUGAGAAAAAGUUGAAAUGUGCAAACUUGUCAUUUAUGCAUCAGAGUAUUCUUUUUGUGACCAAAUUAAUGUAUUGUCCUUAGUUAGAGAUAUAAGAUUUUUAAAAAUGUAUGCCUAAUCUUUUAUGUAUUUAUGCUGUCAAUGCUCUGUUUAGGAAAUCCUGGUUAAUACCUUGAAGUUUGAGGAUAUGGAUUGUACGUUUAUUUUCCACUUACUGUUCUUUGAUUUAUGGAAAAUGAUUUGUCAGAUAUUAUUUAUUGUGUUUGUUAAUUAUCUUAAUGCAUUUUGAAAUAAAAAUGCACUGAACCUUG